AUGCACUGUCCCACUCACCGCGGAUGUCGUCUGCCUCAAUUCGGACACGUCGAUCGUUCGCGUACGGACCACAACCUCCAUGCGCGCACAGAGCUGACCGUGGCGUCCCCGUUGUGUAUUGGUUACCCAGACCUUGUCUUCCUGUUUGGAUCUUUGGCCGUCUUCUCCCGCUUUUACAGGAAGGCCCAAAACAGUCAGUCAAAGCCGCUAAAGCCUCACACCUCACGUCGAGAUGUUCGGGUAUCCCUUGAUUUGAGCGUACAUCACUGUCGUCGAAAUCCUGACAUGUCGCUUCAAGCGCCUACAGAAAAAGCUGUGGAAAAGUCCUGGUUCCCUCAACACAAGUCCCGGGACAUUUAUGUCUCCUUACUUUCGCUCGACCCGGCCCCUCCUCGUCCUAUCCUGAUCGCGGCCUUGUUGCGUCGAGCAAUGGACGACGUCAAGCUCAUCUGGACCAUCCGCGAUUCCAAACAAGCCCUACAAACGCUUUUAACGAAAGGCCAGAUCGGCGAUGAUCUUUGGGAACGCUUCCAAGAGGCGGAGAAGGAAUUGGAAGCCGAGAUCGUCGAGGUCGUUCAAGAGGCCAAUACGUUCCAAGAGGGGUAUGGGCAACAAAUCUUUGGUUUGGCGAGUGAGAUGGUCGGUCAUGAGAAGUUCAAGGAGGCGUAUGACAAGAUCGCGGAGAAUCGUAAAAUCGAAGGUCAGUCUCGGCUUCAGUCUUUGUUUCAAACAGGCUUGGGUCAGAACUGACGCGAACACCCAAAUGUUGUCUGCGCGAUCAACAGAGGCCAAGAUCGCUGCCGGCCCCGCUUCCAACAUCCUUGCCCCGACGACUUACCUCACACCCUCGUCCUUGACGCUCGCACCCUCGAACCCGCUCGUCGCUUCGUUCGCCACAUCUGACGAACCCUCUCACGCUCACUCGACUGAUGGUCCGGAAUCGACCCCCGCCCCCGCUUCGGCGGACGAGCAUGCUGGUCACAGUCAUAGCCACGGUGAUGGCGACGAUCAUAGCCAUAGUCAUAGUCACAGUCAGGCUCCCUUGGAAGCGAGGACCACGACGACCAAGCCGCCUUCACCCGUUGUGACGCCUUCGAAAGGCAAGAAGCCGAGCUCGAAGAACGCGAGCAAGAACAACUCUAACGAUGAAGACGAUGAUGAGGUCGACGAAGAUGAGGAUAUCGACGUGCCCAUGCCUGUAGCUGGUACGAAAAAUGGGGAUGCCGCUGCGACGAGCAACAAGUCGACCCCGUCGGCGACGCCGAGUAAGGGGCAUACGCCUGCUAAGGCUAACAAGAAAGGUGCGAUCAAGAAGAAGGUCAAGGGUGGGAGAUAG